UAAGUGCUGUUAUAAAUACUGCUCUAGGUAUAUUCGCUUCCAGACUUAUUUGAGUGAAUGCUUCCUAGUUUUUUAUUUAGGGCUCUGAUUAUAUUGAAUAUCUAGUGAAAUUUUUUCCUCAAUUAUGGGCAAAAAGUGUAGAGGUAUACGGGCCAAUUGGACUUCCGAAAUGAUGGAAGAAGCCAUCGACCUGUUGAAACAAGGUAAAUCACAGCGUUAUGUUGAAAAGCACUGUGGUAUUCCAAGGCGCACCUUACGAAAUCAUUUGAAAUCUGGAGAUACAGAAAGGAAACUUGGACGCAAAAAACUUCUGACUGCUGAUCAAGAGAACGAACUAGAAAAUCGUAUAAUACGGCUUUCGGAAGUAAGAGUUCCGUUAACACCAAAGCAACUGCGAAGAUGUGUGUACAAUUUUACAAAAGCAAAUUCCAUAGAAAACAAGUUUAAUGUUCAGAAAGAAAUGGCGGGGAAAGAUUGGUUCCAGCGAUUUCUAAAACGUCAUCCUGCACUGUCGAAGCGUAAGGCGCAAAGUAUGAACCCUGCCAGGGCCCAAAAGCUGAAUCCCGUUAUUGUCAAAGAUUAUUUCACAAAACUCGGAAAUAUUAUGGAUAAAUUGCAAGUACGCCACUCCCCACAUCGAAUAUACAAUUUAGACGAAAAAGGAUGCAGGUUAACUCUCCAUCAUUCCCAGUUAGUACUUGCUCAGAAAGGUGCCCGCCGUGUUCAUUUGGUAGCUCACGAACACGCUGAAAAUGCAACAAUUGUAGCUUGUGUAAAUGCGGUUGGCCAUACAAUACCACCCAUGAUUCUUUUCAAAGGACAGCGUCUAAAACCUACUUUCAAAGAUAAUCUGCCUGACGGAGCUGUCGUGCAUAUGGCACCCAAAGGCAGCAUGACUUCUGAAAUAUUUGUCAAGUGGCUGGAACAUUUCGCUACCUAUAAAGCACCAGGUAAAGUUUUGUUGAUUCUUGAUGGAGCUUCUUGUCACUUGGAUAUAGAUAUUGUCCUUAAAGCUGAAGAAUUUGAUAUUACAAUUUUCUGUCUCCCAAGCAAUACCACACAUGAAUUGCAACCACUAGAUAAGUCAGUGUUCAGAUCGUUCGAACACAACUGGGAUCAAGAACUCUUAUUCUACUGGGACAAAUAUCCAGAUCGAAGAAUGACGAAAGAUAGAUUCGGACUCGUGUUCACACCAACCUGGAAUAAGUGUAUGUCAAUUGACAAUAUCACUAAUGGCUUCAGAAGUACAGGUAUCUAUCCCUACAACCCAAAUGCAAUAGCAGAGACUGCCUUUGCGCCUUCUCUACCAACACAUCAAGAGAAUCCAUACCCUGAUGCGCCCAUUUCGGACAUUUCAAGCUCAAGUGAUGAAGAAGAUAAUUUGCCAUUAAUGAGAUUAAAACUCAAACUCCAAAAAUCCAUGGAAUAUGAAAGCGGCUCAGGUACAGUUCCAGAAACCUCAGAAGCAUCAUCUAGUUUUCCUGCUUCAAUUUUACCGAGCUCAUCAUCGAAAAUUUUACCAGCCUGUUCUUCAAAGGAAAACACAUUUCAUUCCAUUUUUCCUACCCCGGAGGGCAAAUUGAAAAAAAUUACUUCAACUCCUAGAAGAAAAGCAAUCAAUUACAAGGCACAGACUCUUUGUAGAGACUUGUUUUCUGAUAAAAAUAAAGAAAACAUUCCGUUGAGUUCAAAAUCUUCCAAAAAAAAUGUUGAAAAACAACCAGAAGUGACAGAAUCGUGGAUGUGCAGCAUCUGCCAUGAAGAUUUUGAGGCUGAUAUGCGUCGAUGCACAAGUUGCAAUCUUUGGGCACACGAAGAAUGUAUUGGAUAUACUGCAGAAGAUAAUGAAGAUUUCGUUUGUUGGGAUUGUGCUCCAUAAAUGCAAGCUGGGCCCUAUUUCGAGAGCGACCGGAAAUAAGGUCCAAUAUUCUACUUUUCUUAUAUGUUUUUUUUUAAAUUUAUCACGUUGAAUUUCGAAAGUUUUAUUUUUAUAUUUGAACAGAAAAAGAAUGAAGGUUUGGUUUUCAUAAAGCGUUUCAGUGAAAUAUAUUAAAAUGAAAAAAAAAAUCACUCACAGAAGCUUAGGUGGGCCUUAUAACCCGCCGGUACCUUACGUAAUACCUGUCAGAAGCGGAAUAAUCAGCAACGUUGCCAGUGUGACACAUUUGUACUUACAUUGAAUGAGAUUAUGACAUUAACAGGGAUCGAAUUUUCGUGCCCCUUUUGGAUUCGAAAAAUUGGCAAGUGUAUUAUAUGUGAAGAUCUUGUUAAUUGGUUCCAACUAUUUAUGGUUUUCAUUUAACAAGUAUUACCGCUCUUUUAAUCAGAUCAGUCUAUAGCUGAUACUGAUACCGAACCUUUGAGGGAACCGGGCAAAAUUGUAGAAAUAGAUGAAGCGAAAUUUGGUUAGAGAAAAUAUAAUCGAGGUAGAAUUAUAGAGGGGCAGUGGAUUUUUGGGGGAAUCGAGCGAGAAUCCAAGAAAGUAUUCAUGGUUCCAGUUGCUGAUAGGAGUCAGGAUACGUUGUUGGAAUUAAUCAAGGAGUGGAUUCUUCCAGAAACUACUGUUAUGUCCGAUUGUUGGAGAUCCUAUGAUUGUUGGGAAAAUGAGGAUGUCCAACAUUUUGUUCUUUACUUGGCCGAGCAUUAUUUUCAUCGUAAAUUCCCUGAAUUCACCGAUAGGUUUAAUGAAUUCUUCAAAAACAUUUCCGAAAUAUAUACCCCCACAGACACUCAACAUGAACAUAUAAAUUAUCAUAAACUUGCCGAAUUUUCUACUCGAAUAGGUGUGCGAAAAUUAUGAGUUUCCAUACAGUUUUAUAAUACGUCAUAAUCUCAAACAAUCUAUAUGAAUUUCCACCAAGUAAA